AUGUCAGUUUGUUUUGAAACUACUAAGAUUGACUUACAUCUGAUUAAUUCCGUUGAAUGGUUAUUGGAAGGUAAACUCUAUGUGGAUGCAAUGAACUCGAUACUUGCAUUGGCUAGAAGAUUUCUACUGAACGGUAAGGUAAAGUCUUUAGAACUGUUCUUUAAAAGAAACGAUCUAACAACUGUCAUAAAUCAAAUUGAAAUUGCAAUUGCAGUGGGAAAACAGCCAAUCAAUUCAUCAACACGGAGAGAGCUUUCUCAAUAUGAGAAUCUGAUUCAGGGUUUUGUCGAGUACGAAAACUGGCAAAAAUCGGUCAACCAACUGAAUUCAGAAUCCAACAUACCAUCACUAAUUGAAAAAU